AUGACUAGAAAAUCUAAAACUGAAAUUGUUGAAGCUGAGAGGGCAUAUAGCAAUGAAGAUAUCUUAACUAUUACGAUCAAUGAAGCUUUUAUUGACAAUAUGUUUACAGAUACUAGUACAUUAAACGCAACACUAUGCAAAUUAGGGCUUCUUACUAAUACUAUGACAUUGAGCGAAUGUUAA